UCAGUUGAUGGACUUGGAAAACUUCUACACUGGAUUAAUUUGUACGGUGGAAUAUUAGUUAUACAAAUUUUGUGGGUUUUUUUUUUUUUAGUUAUAACAUUUGGUUUAAUUAGUUAAUCACUCUCAACUGCGGUGUUGAGGUUUGUAACGGUUUCUGAAUCCGGGGAUAAGUGGUCUUUUUACGCACAGUUUGCGCCAUGGCCAACUCGUGUCUUCAACUGAGCGGCUUCCUCACCAGCUGCCUCGGUUGGCUGGGCAUCGUGAUCGCAAUAUCCACCAACGACUGGGUGAAUAUGUGCAAAUACGGCCUGAAUACGUGCAAGAAGAUGGAUGAGCUGGGGGCCAAGGGACCCUGGGCGGAAUGUGUCAUCUCCACAGGACUCUAUCACUGCGUCUCCCUCUCUCAGAUCCUGGAACUACCAGCCUACAUCCAGACGACUCGCGCCCUGAUGAUAACAGGUUCCAUCCUCGGCCUCCCAGCUGUGGCGAUGAUCCUGAUGUCCAUGCCCUGCAUCAGCUUUGGCAGUGAACCCCAGGAUUCCAAGAACAAACGCACCAUCUUGGGAGGAGUGCUCAUACUCAUAGUCGCAAUGUGCGGCAUGGUGUCUACGGUCUGGUUUCCCAUCGGCGCUCACCAGGAGCACGGCCUCAUGUCGUUCGGCUUCUCCCUCUACACGGGAUGGGUGGGCACCAUCCUCUCCCUGCUGGGCGGGUGCAUUCUUACCUGCUGCUCCUUAGAGUCCUCCUCCUCGUCUCGCUCCUACCAGGAAAACAAUCGGUUCUACUACUCCAAGCAGGGAGGUGCAAACCCGGCAGCAGCCCCCUCCACCAAUCACGCCAAGAGCGCCCACGUCUAGGCGGGGAGAGAUUCUAAAGCAGCUGUGUAGCGGGACUGUAACUUGUAUAUAGAGACAUACACACUAUCACACACAUCAGAUCAUAUCUACAUGCAAACCUGUACCGUAAAAGAGGGAGACACACAAACACACUCUUUCACGUUCAAGAAAAAUACACAAAUUCCUUGAACGAGCACACAAAUAUACAUAAAAGAGACUUUCACACAUCCAAACACAAAAAGACUGUUUUUGUUGGAGCUCUUUUUUUCCACCGCCAAUGGAUUUUUUUGUAUCACAGAGCUCAUCUUUCAGCCUCUUCUUGAUGGGCUUGGUGUGGACCUGCUGUUACAAAAUUGUACAAGCUUUAAAGUAACUGCCUGCACUGCAGCUUGAGGUCCUAAUCACCUGAGGCCUUGUGGACUGAUAUUCUAUAUAACUUCUAUUUUACUAUUUAGAUGCUCCUACGGAUGAAAUCUUAUGAGUGUCUUUUCGUUGAUGAAUCUGUUUUGUUUUUUUAAAUCGUAUAAUACGAUGAUUUGUUGUUUUGAUUAGAGCAGGGUAUGACAGUAUUAUGUUUGGAAUUAUGUUCAUUAACAUUGUUUAUGUACAUUGAUUUUUCCUUGACAGUGUUGUUCAACUCUCUGGUGCAUUUGCCUCUUGAGUGAUUGACUUGAAAAAAAUGCAGCACUGUUUUCUUCCCAGCCACCGCAGGAUGAUGGGAACAUACAUUUCACAGGGGAGCUUUAACCAGCAGUGUUACAGUCUGUAUUUAAGCCUUAGUGUGUGCACUGACUUGGCAAAAAUAUUAGAGAGUACCAAACCUUAAUAUUUUGUUCAUUACUCAUCUAAUAGUAACAUUUCAUAAUCUAAUCUCAUUUUAUGACUAACUUUACGCAGUUUAUCCUGUAAUUUCGGCAUAAUACUUUCCCAUUAAUCAUCUUAGUCAAAGUUCUUCCUAUACAACAGAUCUGUUGGUGAAAUGAUGUUUCUACAAGGUUGCGCAAAAAAAACUGUAUUAUUUAGAUUAGCUUCUUUUACAGGAAUGCGAUGACUUGAAUGUUCAAUAUCUCUAAAGUGCUCUGAACACAGAAAUUUCCAACUCAGAUCCACGCAGAAGCAAUAUUAUCUGGUUAUUUAUUGUUUCACUGAUGUGCUGUUGUUUGAUUUUCUGUA